UUGCAGGGUACUGCAGCCGCCGCCUCAGACUCACUUCUUUCCCUUUGUCCCAGUUUAGUUCAUCCGCAGGACCAAGGAACCCAGAUAGUGAACUUAAAAGAGAGACAUUUUUUCGAAGAAGAGAGGGUUGGACCAAUCAUGGCGUAUGGUGGAGCGGCCAUGGGUCCACCGGCGGCAGCAGUGGCGGGACAGCAAACUAAGAAAGAGGUUAAACUUGACAAAGAGUGUGAGAUCAGAAUCGAAGUAGGACCGGAAUCGCCUCUUCGCCUCCGUCUCCUCAAUGGGAUUGCCGAAAUAUUUGGCACCGAAAUUCCUCCAGGAAUUUGGCUCACUUUCCCUCCCAGACUCAAAUUUGCUGUUUUCACAUGGUAUGGAGCAACAAUUGAAAUGGAUGGUAUCACUGAAACUGAUUAUACAGCAGAUGAGACCCCAAUGAUAAGUUAUGUGAAUGUGCAUGCUAUAUUGGAUGAACGCAGAAAGCGUGCUAAAAAUUCAUCUGGUGAUUCAGAGGCUUCCCAGGGACCCAGGGUUAUUGCUGUUGGACCUACGGAUUCUGGAAAGAGCACCUUGUCAAGAAUGCUUCUAAGUUGGGCAUCCAAACUUGGUUGGAAGCCUACUUUUGUGGAUUUGGACGUAGGCCAAGGUUCUAUAACUGUUCCUGGAUGCAUUGCUGCUUCACCUAUAGAAAUGCCUAUUGAUCCUGUGGAAGGGAUCCUGCUUGAGAUGGCUCUUGUUUACUUCUAUGGAUAUGUCAAUCCUGGUUUGAACCCAGAUUUGUACAAGCUACUUGUCAAAGAACUUGCUCAAGUUCUAGAGAAACAAUUCACUGGAAACGCUGAAUCUCGAGCUGCAGGAAUGGUUAUCAACACCAUGGGAUGGAUUGAAGGUCUUGGAUAUGAGCUUCUUCUCCAUGCCAUUGACACGUUCAAAGUCGAUGUUGUCCUGGUUUUAGGUCAGGAGAAACUCUAUAGUAUGCUUAAGGACGUGUUGAAAAGCAAACCUAAUGUGGAUGUUGUGAAACUUCAGAAAUCAGGUGGUGUGGUAUCUAGGAGUCAGAAAGCUCGUCAAAAAUCCAGAAAUUACAGAAUAAAGGAAUACUUUUAUGGCCUCUCAAAUGAUCUAUCUCCGCACUCAAAUACUGCGAAUUUUAGCGAUAUAUCAGUUUAUAAAAUUGGUGGUGGACCACAAGCCCCACGCUCAGCCCUGCCUAUUGGUGCUGAGCCUGUUGCAGAUCCAACAAGAUUGGUCCUAGUGAAUAUCUCUCAAGAAAUGCUCCACUUGGUUGUUGGUGUUUCAUAUGCGAAAGAGCCUGAUCAAAUUAUAUCAAGUAACGUGGCUGGAUUCCUCGUUAUCACAGGCAUUGACAUGCAAAGGAAGAAGAUCACAUACCUUGCACCAUCAGGUAGUGAGCUUCCCAGCAAAUAUUUGCUCCUCGGAAAUUUAUCUUGGGUUGAAGCCUGAAGCGCCUAUUAUUAAAGCCUUUGACGGUCAAUCUUCCAUUGCUUUACUCAAAAACCGUUGUAAUUAGAACAAUUGGGUUAUUUUUGUUUCUUAACAUAUUUUUGGAAGAAUGCUAGUU